AUGGAAGCUACACAAUCCGAAGAAAGUCUUUAUUUUGUAAUAAAUCAAAUAUUACGAACAGCUAAUCGUCGAAAACUUCGUCCUUUUUUUUGUUUAUUUAAAAUUAAUUCUUACGGUUGCCAAGAUCCGAGCUUGUGUCUGUCCAAAUGGGGCUAUUGUGGAACAGGAUCUGCUUAUUGUGAUGAUGGCUGUCAAGCUGGUCCAUGCACUGGAAAUGGUGGUGGUAAUGGUGGAAGUGGUUCUGUUGGUGAUAUUGAUAGUAAUACAUUUGCCUGUGUAUUUAACACAAUCGAUUCUACAACGCGUACUGAUCGAUUCAAUGGAUUGAAGGCAUCGGGCUGGAAGCCUCAAAACAAAGAAGAAGCUGCUGUCUUUCUUGCACAUGUAUUUCAUGAAACAGAUGGACUCAAGACAAUGCGAGAAUACUGUGCUCCGGGUAUACUUUUCUAA